CCGCGCGGCUCUCCGCUCCUCCCCCCCCCCCCGCCCGUGCACCUCCACUCCGCGGCGCCCGCCCGCCGUCUCUCCCUGUCCACGCGGCCCGUCCGUCCGCUGCUCCGCCCGCCGGAGCCGCGGCGCCUCGCACUUCUGACUCGAGUCCCCGCCGCGCUCGUCGUCGCCGCCGCCACCGCCGCCGCCGCCGCCGGGAUCCGCAGCCCCGCGCCAUGGAGCCGGCCGCAGGCAUCCAGCGCCGCAGCUUCCAGGGGCCGGCCGUCCAGCCGCCGCCUCGGGGCCACGCGCCCCCGGCCGCCGCCCCCGGCCCGGCCCAGCUGAGCUCCCCGACGCGCGAGCCGCCGCAGCUGGAGGAGGAGCGGCAGGUGCGGAUCAGCGAGAGCGGCCAGUUCAGCGACGGGCUGGAGGACCGAGGCUUGCUAGAAAGCAGCACCCGCCUGAAACCUCAUGAAGCCCAGAACUACAGGAAGAAGGCAUUGUGGGUGUCCUGGUUCUCCAUUAUUGUCACCCUGGCCCUAGCGGUGGCUGCCUUUACUGUCUCCGUUAUGAGGUACAGCGCCUCUGCUUUUGGGUUUGCAUUUGAUGCCAUCCUUGAUGUCCUGUCAUCGGCGAUUGUCCUGUGGCGUUACAGCAAUGCGGCCGCUGUGCACUCUGCCCAUAGGGAGUACAUAGCCUGUGUCAUCUUGGGGGUGAUAUUCCUUCUGUCAUCCAUAUGUAUAGUGGUCAAAGCCAUCCAUGACCUCUCAACUAGGCUGCUCCCAGAAGUGGACGAUUUCCUGUUCAGUGUCUCCAUUUUAAGCGGGAUUCUUUGCAGCAUCCUGGCUGUGUUGAAGUUCAUGCUGGGGAAGGUUCUGACCAGUAGAGCACUCAUAACAGACGGGUUUAACUCCCUUGUGGGUGGCGUGAUGGGCUUCUCCAUUCUUCUGAGUGCGGAAGUGUUCAAGCAUGACUCAGCGGUCUGGUACCUGGACGGCAGCAUAGGCGUUCUCAUCGGCCUCACCAUAUUUGCCUAUGGGGUCAAACUCCUCAUCGACAUGGUGCCGAGGGUGAGGCAGACACGUCACUACGAGAUGUUUGAGUGAAGGGGGCCAGCGUCUGCAUGAGACCAUCGAGGUUAGAAGUUUCCACAUAGGCAAAGGGUGCCAAUAUUUAACUGAACAUCUGGUUUCUUUUUGGAAAUUUUCUUUCACACCGUCUGUCGUUACAAGACAAGGUCUGCCCAGCCAGGUGGAUCUACCUUGCCCCCUUCACUUGCUGCCCCCAUCAAACAUGUUAGGACAACGCCCCUAGGAGGGGACCCGCUUCCCCAUCUCUAGCCGGAACUGACGUUUUCUAUUCUCUGGAAUACGAUGGUUCUCAUGAGGAGGAUGAGACCUUUGCUUGGCAGAAAGGUCUUUGGUGGUGCUCUGAGCCUGCACUGCAUAGGACUGAGCAGACCCGCCGCCUCCAGCCUGUGUGGCCCUGCCCCUCCUGGUUCCAGGUCUCUCCUCUCCUGGCAGGUCUUAAGGGAAGAUUGCACCCCUCACCCUUUAUACACCCAGAACCAUCAGUAUGUCACUUCCUAAUUUCUAUCAGUGUAUCUCAUUAGUUUCAUACUGUUUUACUAAUCCUAAAUCUAAACCGAUUUGCUCAAAAGGAGACCAUUCUAUUUUUUAAAGUACUUAGUGAUAUAUGUAUAAGCUUUGCAUGGACGAAUUCAAUAAGCACAUGACCCUUUCUUGUAUAUUCAGAACCUGAACAUCCAUGUGAAAACUGGAUCAUUUUUGGGAGAUGUGAAACUACAGUUUAUUUGUAAUAAAUAAUUGUAAUCUAUCGAUAUAUGCAUAUAUCUAUAAGCUGUGUUACGUGGUAAUGGUAUAUUACAGUCUGAGAGACGGUUCGCUGCUCCGUAAGGAACAAGACGUUCCCAGCUGAUGUCAUGGUAGGUUUAGAUUCCAUAGCAGUGUUCCCCAACCUGCAACGUUCUGUACCUCUCGCACCACUGCUUGCCCGGGCAGUAGUGUCUGACCAAUAAAGACCUUCACCGUUUUGUAUGGUU